UACUCUAUUAUUACUCUUACUCCUGGGUACACUUACUACUUUCAUCUUUUAUUUUACUUUCUCACCUCUUCUUCAACUUUGGGAAAAACAGGGCCCCGGCUAGCCCGGACGUCCGUCUGAUCGUCUUAAAAGUUUCUUUUUCUUUUUACCCUCUUUUUUUCCUCUUCUCUUUCCCCUUCUUGAACAUAACGGUACCUCGAAUUACUUUAAUACUAUUUUUAUUUUAUUUUUAUAUUUUUAUUUUUACUAUUACUUCCUAUUAUAUCUUACUUUAUUUUUUUAUCCAUAUUAUUCUUUUCUUAUUUCUGUUCCUAUUACAAUUAUUUUCCUACUAUUACUUUUUCCCUUCUCUCACCCCACCCCCCACCAUAAAACCUGGGAGCUCUUCUCUUAUACCAUCCCUCUUCCACUUUGGAAACUCUCGGACGAGUUUACUGGUUAAGGGGCCCGCCAUGCUGCCUUCGCCGUCGGCCGGCCUUAGUAACAUACAGCCCCCAUCAACGGCCACUGCCACGGGCUCAACCACCAUUACUAGUACCACUACCUCAGCUCCCCCCGUACCUGGUCCUGGCCCUGCAGCACCGACAGGGGCAACAGGCGCAACAUUGAAGCGACCAGCUGCAGCCGACUUGCAGCGCAGUGCCGGCACAAGCGCCACUCCUUCAAAAAGACAAGCAACAUCCAGUACCAGAGCGAAUCCGAUCCCAAAUCCAAGCCCCUUGGCUGCUGCUUCUGCUGCCGCUGCUCCUUCGUCUUCAGUUUCGGCCACUCCGACUACGACCGCAACCCAAUCCUAUCUUCAACCUCACGCUGUCAUGUCCCUACCUGCCGUCGUCACCGAAGAACAGCUACUAGGCAGGUCACCCGAACAAUUGAUCGCCACCAUUCUACAGAUUCAGAUGCAACACCAACACUAUGUCGCCCAUAUAUCCUCCCAAUUCGACACUAUCAGCCAACAGCUAAAUGACCUCCGUGGAAGUUUAGUAGCUUCCCAUCACGCUGCAGCAUCCGCUUUUACUUCUCGAGACCCCUCCGUGCGGCCCAUCAUCCCUCCGCCACCCCAGCAGCAGUCGGCUACUCCGUAUCCUCGGGGACCGCCGGUGCCUAUUCAAACGCCAAGCCGCCCUGCUAGACCUCCUCCGGCUUCCCCUUCUACUUCUUCUCAACCCGUUCAAUCUAGACCAUCUGUACAGACGCCGCAAUCCGCAGGGCCUCCCCAAUAUAAAUACGGAACUGUCUCCUCGGUUGAGGAGGUUUGGAGGGAGUAUCGCGAGGGAAUGGACGGUCAACCUGCCAUUGAAGAUCUAGACGCCACGUGGGGCUCACGCUGGCGGCCUGAGCCGCGGGGUCGCACGUGGUACUCGAGAAGAAAGGUCAUCUGGGACAAGAUCAAGGAAUUCAUGGCCGAGGGCUUAGAAGAAGACGAUGCAGUGAGGGAGGUGGAGAAGCUACGUGACGGCAACACGAUCAACAAAUUAAUUCGAAUGCUCCAAGACGAACGAAAGGAGAAGGGGUUAGGGGAUGAGAGCCUGGCUGCUUAGGACAGCUGCAAACUACUUGAUUCGGGACCGGCGUUAUUAGGAGAGCGGUAUGAUACCACACGUCAUAUAUGAGAGGCUGCAUUUACGGGUCUAGUCGCGAGGGGGCCGCGAUAGCGGAAUCGGCAUAU